UGCUGCAAAUGUAUAAAUCACUGACAAUAUUUAUAUGUUGCUUAUUCGAUUAUUAUUAUUAAUAUCAUUAUUAUUAUUAUCACUAAUAGACAAUCAGAUCAUAAUUUCAAAUUGUUUAUUAGAUGUACAAAAUUCACACUGUCAACAAAUGGAUUGGAAUCACGGUAGUCAUUUAAAUCCGACGCAUUCGUCAUUAUCUCUACAAUUAGAGAAUGGAUCAUUUUUAGUCAGUGAUACGUAUACAGACAAUAUACAACUGGAUGAUUUGGCUGCACCAAAUCAUGGUUGCUUAUGUUUCAAACUACCUCCAAUUCGAUUGAAAUCAAGACGGCUACAUCAUUUUUAUAAAGAAAGCCAAUCAAAAUACGCUGAAAUCGAAGCAUACAAGGAACCAAGAAAAGGUCACCGCCACCAUGACCACGACCAACAACAACAACAACAAAAGCAUAAAAAUGCUGUUUCCUGCCUUCCAAGUGAAUUGUCAAAUGACCAAUUGACACAACAAUUACGUCAAGAAAAUUCAACGAAUAAAAAUAGUAUCUCCUCUAUUAAAUUAGAAGUCCCUGUACUACCGUUUACUACUACCAAUCAAUCGGCACAAGAUGAUACUGAGGUGAAACAAAAUUCACAGACUACACCGAAUAAAGUUCAGCUGGCUGUGAAACGUUUAUAUAAACAACACAAAUGGAAGUGUAUACCAACACGAAAACAGAAUGCAGGUCAAUUAAAGCAUUUAAUAUGGCAAAUUAUGUGGUGUCUGGUCACUACAAUCUUGGUUAGUGUAUCAUUUGUCAGUUUCAUACAUUGUAUACCAAAUAUAUAUGUUUCUAGUCAUUGGAACAGCUCUAACUUUCAGGAACUUGUAAAUCCCCAUCAUUGGCUUCCUAUUCUAUAUCAUUUUGGUUAA